AUGGAGCAAAAACUCUUGGAUUUGACUUCUGCUUCUAAGAAGGCUCUUUUACGUGGUGAAAAUCUUUGUUCAAAGGCAGAUACUCUCGUUAGAAAUUGUAGACUUGAUGUAGAAAAUAUAGAAAGAAUAUAUCCCAAACUUCGUUUUUUCUGGGGGGAAUUGGAUGUUCAAAUUAAAAAUGUGGAAACGUUAAGGCAAUUCGCGUUAAAACAAAAUAAAUUUAUAAGGCAGUUUCAUGCUACGAAGGAGAAAGAAUUGGGUACAAUAAUGGAUGAACUGGAAAAUACUUUGGAAACCUUACGUCGUAAGCCAGUAGAUCCUGCGAUUUGCAAAAGUGCAUUGACAUCGAACAUGACAACAGAUAAUGGUGAAAAUCAAACUGCCGAAGUUUCAUUGAAAGGUUUGAUAGAACCGGAAAAUUUGGAAAAAGAAAAAUUCGAAAAGACUACUUUAUUUGAUUACGUGGAUGAGCAGAGUAUUCACGAAUUAAAGAUCAGAACACAAGAAGAAGUAAACGCGAUACAGCAAUUCCACAAUGAUAGCACAAACUUACUGAAGAAUAUUGAUAUUCAACUUGAGCACUUUAACACAAUGUUCAACAAUAAUUCUAUUUCAUUGGAAGAAUCCGGUAUUGAAUUCUCUGAUCUUAAAUGUCAAAUACAAGAACGCGCAACAAGCACAAUGGCAGAGACACUUAUGUCCCUGGCACGACAUUAUGAUCAGGUUAGCGGUGCUCUCAAGGCAUCGCAAUCUCAUGUGGAAGCCAAUUCGAUAUUAGACAUAUCAGUACUUAUUAAAGACACUGGUGAAAUACCUAAUAUCGUCGAAGAAUUAAACGAAGCACUAACGAUAAUAGAGUCAACCAGUGAAGAAGUUCGUGUGCGAAAUCAUAUUUAUAAUGCAUCAUUGGAAGAGGCUACCAAAUUAUUUCACGAGUUGGAGAAUUUCAGCUCUCGUAUGGAAGAUAUUGUGGGAGAGAUAAAGGCUAUCGAGGCAGAUUUUGAGAAAGGGAAGAGCAUGGUAGAACGAUUAAUUGAAGAGCUAUGGAAUUUAAUUGGAUGGUAUGAAGAAUUCUUAAAAUCUUAUGAUUAUAUGAUACUCGAAAUCGAUCGUCGACAUGAAGUAAGAGAAAUACAUGAAAAAUUAGCCGAAGAAUAUUUGGCAAAGCUUGAGAAUUUAUACAUUGAGGAAGCCCAAAAUAGAGAUCUAUUCUUUCAAAAACAUGGUAGAUAUUUACCGAUGGAUUUGUGCCCGCCAUUAACAGAACCACCAAUACGAUUCGAAAUUAUUCAGCAUGAAGGAAUUCGAUUACCAGUGUUGUCAAGUGCAGCCGUUGAAGAGGAUGCUGAAGGGCGCAUAUCCCCCACCGAUAAUGUACCCAUUGAGAAAAUCAUGUGUGAAAAUAUGGGCAUCUUGCAUGGCACAAGACAAUUUGUUAAAAUACAAUCACGAUCAAUAAUAACAGAGACGACUUUUUUUGGGUUUAGAUUGUUUCAUGUCACAAUCCUUCGAGCUCCAUAUUGA